AUGAUCUUAAUGAUGUUUUUAAGUAGUCCUAAUUAUCCUCAGGUAAAUAAAGUUGGUAAAAAAAUUGGUGAAGGAUCAUUUGGUAUAAUAUUUGAAGGCAUUAAUGUCUUAAAUAAUCAACAAGUUGCCAUUAAAUUUGAACCAAGAAAAUGUGAUGCACCCCAAUUAAGAGAUGAAUAUCGUUCAUAUAAAAUAUUAAAUGGUUCUCAAGGGAUACCUCAUGCAUAUUUCUUUGGUCAAGAAGGGGUACAUUCAAUAUUGAUUAUUGAUUUAUUAGGCCCUUCUUUAGAAGAUUUAUUUGAUUGGUGUAAUCGGAAAUUCUCAAUCAAGACGGUUAUACAAGUUGCUAAACAAAUGAUUCAACGUGUUGAAAUUAUUCAUGAACAUAAUUUAAUCUAUCGAGAUAUUAAACCCGAUAAUUUUUUAAUAGGUAGACCAGGGACUAAUGAAGCUAAUGAUAUACAUAUUGUUGAUUUUGGAAUGGCAAAACAAUAUCGAGAUCCAAAAACAAAAGUUCAUAUCCCAUAUCGAGAAAAGAAAGCCUUGAGUGGAACAGCAAGAUAUAUGUCAAUAAAUACUCAUUUAGGUAGAGAACAACUGAGAAGAGAUGAUUUAGAAAGUUUAGGUCAUGUAUUUAUGUAUUUCUUAAGAGGAUCAUUACCAUGGCAAGGAUUAAAAGCACCCACGAAUAAACAAAAAUAUGAAAAAAUCGGACUUAAAAAGCAAACCACAUCAAUAAAUGAAUUAUGUUAUGGAUUCCCCAUACAAUUUGCUCAAUAUUUAACCUAUGUCCGCAAUUUAAAAUUUGAUGAAACUCCCGAUUAUAAAUAUUUAUAUAAUCUAAUGGAUAAAGCAUUGAUAUCAAUCGGAGAAACUGCCGAUGGCCAUUAUGAUUGGAUGGAUUUAAAUAAUGGAAGAGGUUGGGAUGCAGCAUUGAAUAAAAAGACUAAUUUGCAUGGAUAUGGCAAUCCUCAUCCUAGAAGACUGAGAGAUCGAGAAAAUAACGUCCAUCAAUUAAAUCAACAACAACCGAACAAUAAUAAACAAUCACCAAGGGAUAAACUGCCAUUAUUAAGAAGUAGCAAUGAUAUGAAUAAUAAUUCCUUGACAACAUCAGGAAGAAUCAAGAAAUAUCUGAAUUAUCAAUCGAUUCAACAAGACUCCAGAAAUCAAAAAUUCAUGAAUCCUCAUCAACAACAACAGCAACUGCAACAGAUGUAUUCAGGCGGUGGUGGGGCAUAUGGAUACACCUCGCAUGUAUAUUCACAAAACGGUCCCUACUAUGGUCAUGCUCUACUACCCCUUAACAAAUACAUACAUGAUCGUCAUGGACCACUUGCUAUUAAUAGUGACUAG